UGAGCGCAUCGCGCAUCGGAUAAGCCCCUGUGCGCAUCGAGAUGCGUUCGCAGAAAUUCGUCUUCUUCAGUCUCGCCGUGACUUGCAAACGAUGAGGGGUGUUAGUGUAUUACUUGUUUUAGGUUUAGUAGCGGGAUGGGGGGCCGCAGGGUUCUUGAACAAUCGGCCGUAUCCGACGUACAGUCUGGAGUCGAUGCCCGAUACGGAUUUCACGUGCCGGGAUAAGAUUCUUGGAGGUUACUAUGCGGAUUCGCAGACGCAAUGUCAAAUGUUCCAUAUUUGCGUGAAAGUCGCCGGAGUUGGUGUGCAAGAUUUCCGGUUUCUGUGCCCGAAUGGAACAGCUUUCGAUCAAGAUCAUCAAAUCUGCGCCGAGUGGGAUGAUGUCGAUUGUGAUGCCACGACGUUGUACUACGCCAGCGACAACUUCGACCUUUACCGUCUCGGUUCAGGGUUCGAGUCCAAGGCGGUGAAAUAUGGUGAAGAAGAAGAGACGUUUGCGCUGCAACGCGCUGAAACUGGUGAUGCUCGUUUGAAUAGAGAGCACCAGGCAGCUAGGGUGAACCAGCAGAGAGAGUUCAAUAACGCAGCCCCAUCCCAGCGCAGACCAAACAAUCAGAAUACUAAUAAUAGCGAAAGAGACAUCUUUAAGACUUCUAGCAGCUCCAACUUCUUUAACAAUCGCAAUGGUGGCAAAGAGGUUGAUGAUGAUGAUGAAGAUGAGAAUGUUAAUGCCAAUCAGAAUAGGGAUAACUUCCAGAAGAGGAAGUUGGUGAGGAAACAACAGAGGAGGCCAGUUGAACAACAGAAUCAACAGCAACCUGCUCAACAACCGCAGCAACAACAGCAGCAGCAGGUAAGGCAACAACAGAGGCCACAGCAGCAACAGCAACAACAGCAGCAACAACAGAGACCUCAACAGCAGCAACAGCAACAACAGAGGCCUCAACAACCAAGACCUCAACAACCACAACAACAACAACAGCAAAGGCCUCAACAGCAACAACCACAACAACAACAACCAAGGCCCCAACAGCAACAAUCUCAACAACAACAAUCAAGGCCUCAGCAACAGCCCCAACAACAGCAAAGACCUCAGCAACCCAACACCCAACAAAGACCAAUUCAACAACAGCAACAACAACAGUUUAGACCACAACAGUCUACAACAAUCCAACAACAGCAAACCAACACGCAAACAACUGCAAAUCUUGAAACACAAACUCCACGCAACAACCGCCCAACUGGUUUCGUCAACAACUUCGCAGGUAGUUUCCCUACUACCUCCCGCCCUGCAUCCCAACCUCCAGCAUCAGCCUCCACUGCAAAUCUUAACCCCGACCAAUACUCAACCGCUAUCAACAACUUCCGUCAACGCAACUCUCAAAGACGUCCAGUCAACCGCAACUACAACGACGCUGAUAACUUCAGACAACAAACAACUCCAUUGGCUGCUGUAAGCACCCCAGCACCUUUCCGUCAACCACAACAUAAACAAACAACCUACAAUAACGGUCAAUACAACCCCACAACCUUCAGUCCAAAAACAACUCAAUCUCAAACAGAAAAUUAUCCACCCGCAUUCAACAAACAACAGUUCCAAACAACCCAAGCAAAACCAGCACCUUUCAAGAACCAACAACCAUCAUCAACAACAAUUGCUCAAAACAAUGGCGGAGUAGAUACACAUUACGAUGUCCCGAAGAUUAAGGUCAAACAACAACAAGUGACAAAGGAUAUCUACCCAACAACCUUCACACCUAAUACUAAACAACAGAAGAAGGAACAGUUCUUGCCUACAACGUUUGCCCCUAAGACUCAAUUCUACAACAAGCAAACAACGCCUUUUAACAAUGCGCAACAAUUCAACAACCAAUUCCAACAACAACCGCAACAACCAAAAGUAAAACCACAACAACAACAAUUUACCACCCAGAGUAAUAACAACAACAAUAACAACAACCAACAACAAAAUACGCAGUUUACGCAACCACCUUCAACCCCUCAGGCAUUCAACCCUACAAACCACUUCAGCAGACCUUUCGCUAACCAAUUCUCACAGAGCCUAAACCAAAACUUCGAACAGAACAACAACAACAACAAACCAGUGGAAACUUCAACACCUAAAACCACCCCUUUCACUCAAUACACCCCAACUGUACCAAAAGUAUCUUCUACAACUCCAAUCGCAAGAGCUAACCGUUUCGAUGAGACCCAAUACGAUGAUGGUUCCUACAACGCCAAGUACGACCACUACGACGAUGGAUCCAACCCUGGGGAUGAAUUAAAGACAGCUCAUAGUCAAAACAUCGCUAGCAGCCGGAAUGAAUUAGCAAAGAACGCAGCAAAGAAAACAACGAUAACCAGCACCCAGAAACCUUUCUACAGUGAAUCACCAAGACCCUUCUCGACUAACGCUAACACCUAUAAUAAUAACAACAACAACAACAACAACAACAAUGGUGGUAGCACAAGAGUGACUGAGAAUUACCCCAAGACAACUAAACAGGUUGCUACUCCACGACCCCAACAACAACAACAACAACAGCAGCAGCAGAGGCCUGUACAACAACAACAGCAGCAGCAACCAAAAGCGCAACAACCACAACCACAACAACAAUCAAAACCAGCGCCACCUGCCGGUACCAACGAAAAGAACGCUUCAUACGACUAUGCUUACUAUGACACAAACGUAGGCCCCGAACCAGAAUAUGACAUCGAGACCGACUUCAAGAAAACAACAUCGGUGUAAACCACGCGCCGCCCAGCUAUGGAGAGCAAUAGGUCACAAUCAAUUUUUUUAUUAUUAUAAUAUUAUACUAUCGAACUGAAGCAACCGAGAGCUGGUGAAUGUUGUCUGUUGUCUGUUUUUUUUAUUGCCAAAAUUAUCUAACACUCAAGUUAGGUUAUGUCUGUAAUGGAUGUGAAUUAUGUGAACCAUCAUCAUCACGACCACCGAAUAUCAAUCAAUCAGUGCCUUGUAUGUAAUAUAAUUAUCUGUUUGCCAUUUGCACUGACUUAUGUAUUCCUAAAAUUUGCACUUUACACACCACCGGAAUUUUUAACACACUCACACACACAUGCGGUACUGUUAUUACCUAUAUAUUGAUAAUAUUUUAUUUAAAUUACCUUUUUUGUUCUUCUAUUUUUUAGUUUUUAGCGUAAAAAUAUUUGAAUGCAUUUGAAAAUUACCUGUUACAUACCAGUAUUCGUAUAUCUUCUCUUUUGUAACAAUUGUUUUGUGUAUAUAUUGUGUAUUUUGUAUUUUUUAAAUGUAUUUGAUAAGAAAUAAAAGUAAACAAGUGUAGAGAA